UAUCACUUGGGAGGUGUCACUUGGUGGACUGACGACACAAGCACUAGGACAUACCUGUUCUUAGUGAGGUGUUUAGAGAGGUACUCCACAGAGCAGAGGACGUCAACGCCCCGUCGUGUCGUGUACCAGGAUAGACAGAGCGUGCCCAGUUGAAACAGGUGUUGGAGAAGCCCUUGAUAUUCAGUCAAGAUGUUUAAGAAAAAGACCGUCAAAAGCGCUACCAUUACGCAGAAAAGCCCCUCCAAGCAGCCUGCCAGUGAGUUGACAUCGCUCAUUGAGAAACUUCAGAAGAAUGCUGACAAAGUGGAGAAGAACAUUCUGGAAACUGAGCAGAACCUCAACCGAGAUGUGGCCAAAAUCAACGAGGGCAAGCAGCCCCUCUACCAGGAGGACACCAACAAGCGCAUCCUGAACUCGCUGGAGCUGCUCAAGGCUCUGGAUGAGGAUGCAGCUGCCGCUGGACGCCUUCAACACCCCCAGGCUGAGAUGAUCGAGCAGGACAUGAACCAGCUCCGUGACCGUGUCGUAAGACUGAGAGAGGACCAUGACAAGAUCUACCACCAGACGCGGGGAGAGGGCAUGCCCACGGUCAACUGGGGCAAGAUUGUGGAUGAGAAACUGUCGAAUCUUAACAACAAAGGAUUUGGACAGGACCUGCCCUCCAUUGAGAAAGAUGUGGAGGAGCAUAACAUCUUCCAGAGUGAGGUGGAGGCCCUGGCACCUUACGUCAAUGAAAGCGACGAUAAGGAUUAUGUGGGAGGACUCCAAGUGAAGUACAAUAAACUGCUGGCCAACUCCACCGCCCGGCAGAAGCACCUGCUGUCUCUGCGUGACUACAUGCAGCGCUGCACCAACGAGCUCUACUGGAUGGACCAGCAGGCCGAGGAGAGAAUCGGCUACGACUGGAGUGACACCAACCUGGACUACCCUGCCCGCAAGAGGCAGUAUGAGAACUUCAUCGGCAAGUGCCUGGAGAGUAAGGAGGCGACCAUCACCAAACUCAACGAUGAUGGGGAGAAACUCGUCGCUCAGCACCAUCCAGCGAAGAACGUCAUUGAGGCUCAUAUGGAGGCUGUCCACGCUGACUGGAAGGAGUAUCUCAACCUGCUCAUCUGUGAGGAGAACCACCUGAAACACAUGGAUGAGUACCACAAGUUCCAGAAAGAGGCGAGAGACACCCAGGACUUGCUGAAAAGGCUGGAUACCGACAUCAACCAAAAAUACAACCCUGAAUUCAAGGACAUGUUCCAGAUGGAAGGGCUUAUCAGUGACUUGGAUGACCAGGCCAAGGCGCUGGAUCACUUUGAUGAUCGCGUGAAAGCCCUCCAGAAGCGGAGUCUGCAGGUGCUGCCUCUCAAGUACCGCCGCGAGCCGCCGUCCAAGCUCCUCCCCGUCGAGGCUCUGUGUGAAUUUGACUCCGAAAAGGGCCAGAUUGGGCGCGGCGAGAGGUACACCCUGCUCAGGAACAACGGGAAUAAGUGGGACGUGAAGGACCAGUCUGGCCACACACUGACUGCUCCCGGAGCCUGCUUCUUCAUACCCCCUACUGACCCAGAUUCAGUUGCCAUCACCGACAACCUCCUCAACCAGCAGGCGAACAUCAAGAAGAAGGUGGCAACCAGCAAGGGCACUCUGCAGAAGCGACUGGGUGAACUGAAGAAGGAGAGUCCAGCAGUGCGCGACAAGGAAGAACAGCAAUGUCGUCAGCUGAUGGCCGGGCUGGACAAGGUGGUCAAUGAUCUGGACAAGCAGGAGAAGGCCAUCAAUGCUCGAGUGCGCCCCCCUCUGGAGCAAACCCGUCCACUGCAAGACAGUGCAGACCGACUCCAGGAGAUGAAGGAAAUUUCUAAUGCUGUCAGGAAAAUUGAGCCUGAGAAGGUCUCCAAGACCAAAGAGGCCGAGUCCUUCCUGCACUCCAACCCUAAGUGUGCCAGUGCCCCACUGCUCUACACAAAGGUGGACGAGGCUGAUAAGAAAUACAACAAAGUGGACCUUCUGCUUAAGCUCUCUGAUGAGAAACUUCAGAACUCCAACCGCCUGGAGAACUCCCUUCAGAAAGGAAAGAACCUUCUCUCCACCUAUGAAAACAAGUUGGCCAGGGAGGAGGUUGCACCUGCAGACAACAGCUCUCUGGAUAAAACCCUGCGUGAGCUAGCGGAUAUGGGAUCAGAUCUUAAAGCCAAGAAAGGGGUGGUCACAGAGGCCGAGGACAACCUCAGAGCUGCCAAGAACAGCUGUGACAACAUGGCCUCUAAGCUCCAGGAGCACUGUCCUGACAUCGAGAGGCAGGAGCAGGAGGUCAAUAAGCUCAACAAGCGCUAUGACAACCUGAACAGACAGAUUGACUCCAGGUCACAGAGCCUGCAGAGAGCCAAAAUGGCCAACAACAACUACCGCAAUGAUUAUGACAGUCUCAAUAACUGGCUGUCAAGGGUGCCAAACUAUGAGCCACGUGACACUGAUGAUAAGGCUCAAAUAGAUUCCAAGCUGAAAAACCAAAGGAACCUGCUUUCUGAUAUCGCAAGGAAGGAGUCUGAUCUCAACAAUGUCUCUAAGAAUGCACAGCAGUAUCAGCAAGCAGUGAAGGACUACGAGAAUGAAAGUGAGAAGUUCAAAUCCAUUCUUGAUCUCGAGGACGGUCUUGUUCCUCAGACCUACAAGAGAAGCAGACUUGAGUCCCCUGCACAAAGAGUGAAAGGAGAGGAAGCUGCUAUUGACUCAAAAUUCACUGAAGUGCAAGCAAUAAACAAGCAGAGGCUGCAGAAUCUUGAGUUUGCUCAGAGUCUCCUGAAUCAGCAACCAGAGGUUCCAAUCAUCACACAAUCUGUCCAGACUGUGAAUGCUUCAGCCCCAGGACAAGAACCUUGGCGAGUCAGGAAGCAGCUGGAUGAGGAGACUCAACGACGUGAGCAACUUGAGAGAGAGAUCCAGACCAUCCAGAGUGACAUCUAUGUUCUUGAGGGCCAGAAGCCUCAGGACACCAUUGUGAAGAAGGAACUCAUCAAGAAGUUGCCAGACCCACAGCUGGACGAAGACAUCCACAAGGUCCAGCAGAAGCUGUCCGAUGAGCGUAGAACCACUCGCCUCCUGGAAAGCGAGCUAGACACCCUCCGUCUGAAACUACGUGGCCUGGAGACAGAGGUGAAGGAAGGCGCACAGCAGUAUACUGUCAAAGAGGUUCUCCGCAUCGAGCGGGACCGUGGGCAGGAAGAGGAGGUGAGGAAGCUGAAGGAGGAACUGGAGGAGCUGAGGAGACAGAGAACUUUCAAAGACAACGAAAUCAUUCAGAUCAAGAAGCAGGUCAACAUCCUAGCAGAAGAGAAGAACAAGGAGCAAGAAAUCAUCACUGAAGAAGAGGUGAUCAAGGUGCAAAAUGACCCCCGACUUGAGAGUGAAUACAGAGAUCUCCUACACAGGAAACAGAAGGAAACUGAUGGAAGAGCUCAACUGGAGGAUGAGCUCAAGUUCUUACAGGAGAAGCUGAAGAGGCUUGAGAAGGAGAAGGCCAUGGCUGAGGAGAAGAUCUCCAUCAGAGAAGUGCUGAAAGUUGAAAAAGACGUGGCCUUGGAAAGGGAGGUGGAAAAUCUCAGGAAUCAGUAUGAAGACGAGAGGUCUAAACAUAGGUCAUCUCAGAGGGAGCAAGUUGACCUUGAGAGGAAAAUCUCAAGUCUUGAAGCUGAGAAGUCAAAGGUCAUCAUCCAAGAGAAGAUGAAGGAGAUUGUCCGGCCUGACCCCAAGGCAGAGGCUGAGGUUGGCACCCUCCGUAUGGAACUGGUGGAGCACCAGAGGAGAUACAAAGAUACCGAGCUCCAACUGAAAACUCUGCAGGACGAGCUCACCAUGCUGAGGAAUAGGGGCCCUCAGGUUGAGGUCAGAGAAAUGAUCAAGGAAGUCAUCAAAUACAAGACAGAUCCUGAAACUGAGAGAGAGCUGGAAAGACUUCGUAAUGAGAUAGUGGACAAAACUCACCAGAUAGAGAGGUCCGAAGUAGAAAUUCUCAGAAUGAACAAUGACAUUGUGAGAUGGAAAGAUACCAAACCCCAGGUGCAGACCAAAGAAGUGAUCAAAGAGAUUCUUCAGUACCGUGAGGAUCCCCAAACCAAGGAGGAGAUUGAGAACCUGAAGAGAAAACUCGCUGAGGAACAGAAGAAGCGCCUAGAACUGGAACAACAGAGAGCAGAGAAUGACGAAAAGAUCCGUCUUAAGAAGAUGGACCUUUCUCAAGUGAGAGAAAAGUUUGUCCAACAGGAAGUCGUUAAGGUCGAAGAGGACCAGCUCUUGAAGUCAGAGUGUGACGACUUUGUCAAGAACAUCAGCAAUGAGCAGAGACAGAAGGGUAGUCUGAAAGACGAGCUCGCAAGACUUCAGCGGCAGAAGGCGGACCUGGACCUUCAGCUUGAAGAAAUUGAACGCGAGCGCAGAGCUCGACGAGACGCAGAGCUGGAAAUCCAGCGCUUGAGAAUUCGUCUUAAUGAACUGGAGGUCAGAGACAAAGAGAACCGUGAAAAGGUAACGGUGAAACAAAAGGUGGUGCUACAGCAAGAUCCUCAGCAAGAAAAGGAACACUCCAUUCUCAGGUUGCAGGUCGAGGAGGAGCGACACAAACGCACAAUGCUGGAGAAAGAGCUUAAUGUCUUGUUGGAACAGCAGUCAUCGCUUGAAAAGAUGGAGGUGAAAGAAAGAGUGGUGCGCUCGGAAAAGAUCCAGGUUGAGAAAGAUCCUGAGGCAGAAGUCGAAAUUGAGAGACUCAAGAGAAAUCUUGAUGAUGAGAACAAACGCCGACGUCAGCUUGACCAGGAAAUCAAUGAUCUCAACUCCAGGCUGCAAACAAUGGAGUUCUCAAACACAAAGACGACCAAAGACCUUGAUCACAUUCGCGACGAAAGCAACAGAUUGCAGCAGGAGAACCAGCGCCUCACAAAUGAAAUCAGGAAGCUUCAGUCAGAGAUUCAGAUCACCAGCAAAGAGACCAAACACAUCACAGAGUCUAUGCCACUGGAGAAUGGCAAAAACCUUGAGCUGCGUCUCACGUCACUUCAGAAAGAGCUUGCGGACCUCAGGCGCAUAACAUCGGAUAAAGAUGAGGAGAUCGAGAAACUCCAGAAGAGCUUGUCUGCGAUGAGAGUCAAGCGAGAACAGCGAGAAAGCCACCUGAGACGGUCCAUCGUCGUCAUCGAUCCAGACACGGGCAAAGAGAUGAGGCCAGAGGAGGCUUACAAACUCGGACUGAUUGACUGGAAAAUGUUCGUCAACCUGCAGAGCCAGGAGUGUGACUGGGAGGAAAUCUCAGUCAAGGGUCCAGGUGGGGAGUCUUCAGUUCUGCAUGACAGGAAGUCUGGCAAGAAGUUCUCAAUCGAAGAAGCUCUGAAGGCCGGGCACAUUACAAAUCGUCAGUUACAGCAGUACCUAAACAAAGAGAUAAGCAUCCAGGAGUUUGGUGUGAUGGUGUCAGGCAAAAAGUAAAUGAAUUCCAAAGAAAUAUUCCUCUGUCUCUCUAUACAUCUAAAUCAUGUUUCCAUGUUUUCAGUAAGAAUACUACUUUUAUGUAGUUCCCAGUUUAACAUUGAAAAAAAUGUUUUUCAGCCAUUGUGAUAUUCUUUUUUCUCACAACACAAAACUUUGUCUAUUUAUAAAUACUCACCUUUUGCGCGGCUUGGUUGUGCUAUGCUGUAUGAGGGUUGUAUGGUGGGCUUCUCUAUUGCCAUAUCUGAAAUGCACAUGGACUGUAUGUUGGAGAAAGCGGUUCUGAAUGUAUGCAAACAUGGUAUGCUCUUGAAACUGGGUUCAGGAUAUAUUGGUGUUUUAACUCACAAUCCAAAUUCUCUGCCCUUGGUUCUCUUUUACACUGUACUUUUUUGCUGUCCUAAAUAAAAUGAAAACGUAUCUGAAAA